AUGCGCUCGCCUAUUCGCUCAAGCCGAUACGAAGAACCACGUUCCCGGGUGAAUAGCCCUCCCCCACGACGAUACUCUCCGCCACGAGACUAUAGGCGCAGGUCACCUUCGUUGAGACGCGAACGCCCCGACCCGUAUACUGCCGAUACUUGGAGGAGUCGUAGGUCGCCUUCUCCAGCGCGGCCAACCUACACUUCAAAUGAGCCAUCAGGCAGAGACUCUGCCGCUACCUCGCGCCGCUCUUCCCCGCCACCUAUCCAUCCUAGCCGGGCCGCACUCGUGGAGGACCUCCCUGUUAGAGAACCUGCUUCAGCACCAAGAUCACCUUUUCGAGAGCGGCUUCCCGAAAGAGGCCGAGACUUUAGUCGUGAGCGAGAACGAUCCCCUCCACGUCGCAGAGAGAGCCCUCCGACUGGGCCGCGUGGGGACCGAGACUUUGCGCCUCCAACAGGUCCUUCUUCAUCGUAUCGCAAUGGUGAAGGCAACUUUGCUAGAGCGCCCCCAACUGGCCCUUCCAGUCGCAGCUAUCCCUCGCCUGCCAUAUCCCCACCAGCAGGUCCAUCAAACUCGACAGCGCUACCUCCCACAUUUCCUCGAGGAAGUAACCCCGUUUUAGCGGCUCCAACACGGCCACGCGGUGGAGGUCGCGGUUUUGGUGGGUACGAAGGACGAGGAGAUUUCUCUGGAUCCUCUUCACGCAGAGGGUCAUGGGGCGCAGGACCUCGGGGAGGAGGCUACUAUGGCGGCGCACCAUCCGGUCCUCGUGGUAGCAGCAGCGGUCCCGGUGGAGCAGCGCCUUUUGCGCCCUCUUUCCGCGGCUCAAACAACUCUACCGCUACAACGUAUCCACGUACAAUGCGUUUCCGCGACCAUCUAGCCGAUCUACCAAAAGAGAUUCCUGGAGGCCAGAAAGCCCCUGAGAUGUAUGACAAGAGUAAGAUUCUGAAACUAGAGGCAGAGGCACAGAAGCUUAGGGAAUUGAUUGAUAAGAAGGAGGAUGCAAAGAGGCAGAAGCUGAGGGAGUGGGACGGUCUUGAACGUGAAGCUGAGACAGCUCAGUUGAAGGUGGACUUGGCUGAAAGCUCGCUGAGGGGUCUGAAUGGUGAAGCAGAUGUGCGCGACGCCUUCUAG